CUCCAAGCGCCGCUCGCUCCGCAACGAGGCCGUGGCAUCGGUGGCGGCCAAAGUCAGCCAGGGAAGAAGAUCUAAUCCGAGAAGGGAAGACUCUGAACGUCAGAACUUUGAUGAGGAUGAUGACCUUGUUUUUUUGCUGCCCCCCUAUUAAAUGAGCAAUAAGAUGAAAAAGCAACCACUGUUGGUCUCUUCUACUAUCCAUGCUCUCACGUUCAUCUCCCUGAGAGGCUCUUCUCAAAUUUCAGAAGAGAUUGGCGAAAGGAGAAAAUCAAAAUGAGAUACGAUCUGGAACUCUUCAUUCAGCUCUCUGUCCUGCAGUUUUCCAGGACGAGGAGGACACAAGAAUGAGAUGAAAGUCACUGUCAGUUUCCUAUAGUCUGGGGAUCCGCUCUCUCUUCUUCUAGUCAUCACAUUUCCCUCUGGAUGUCAGCUAGCCAUUGUCUUGAUCCUUUGUUGUUGAUGGCUAGUUCAUUUGAUUUGAUGGUGCUUAUAGCCAGUGGGUGGCCUGCAAAGAAGGGGGGGCUUUUUGAUUGCAGAAGAUGGUUUUGGAAAUAUGCUUUGUUGCUUCGUUGUCUCCCUAGGUUCAGCUUCCCCACUCCCCAUCAAAUGGAGGUCAUUUAUUUUAUCAGACUUACAUCCCACCUUUGUUUUGUACAACUCCAGGUGGUGUACAAAAUACCCCUCCCUCCUAUCUUCUCCGCGACCAGGACUCUGUCAGUUGGGCUGAGAAGGAAGGACUGACCAAGGUCACCCAGCUGGCCUCUGUGCUUAAGGGAGGUCUAAAACUCAUAGCUCUCCUGAUUUCUAUCUGGCACCUUAACCCCCACGCCAGAUGGGUUUUUAAGAUGCGGCUUGAUCUGUUCUGUUUCUGCAGAGACUUUUUGCAGACAGAUUGCCCUCGUCUCCUUGUUGACGCACUGACAGAUGUCAAAAACGUGGGCUGCGGGCCACGAUUCUGGAGCUGAUCAAGCUGGGGCCACUUUGGGGCUGGAGCAGGACGGUGAAAGCCUCCAGAAGAAAACCCCAAAGCCUCAUCGGCUCAAAAAAGCAUCCAGUCCAACCACGAACAACAGAGCUUGUUGGGAAACACCGUCUCCUGUGAUUUGCUCCCUAGCUGCAAAACUAAGGAUCCAGAAAACCAUGCAUGCUGGCUGUUUUCUAUAAGUCAAAUCAAACUCUUGCCAUCUCAUUUCUGGGAUCUGUCUAUUCAUUUCCCAGUUCUCCAGCAGCAAAUUAUCCAGGAGCGGCAAGGGCUUUUGGAGAUUAUCUUUCCCAAAACCAUCCCGAAGGCAAGAAUGGUUCAGAUCACCUGUUGGCAGAGUCGUACGUCGGACAAGAAGAUUCUCCAGAGAUUCACGUGGGAGUUCAAAACAAGCGACGCCUUUCUCUUAUUUCUGACGGGAAGUUUCAGCCCAGCUUUCCAGAGGAAGCUGGCGAGAAGCUGGCAGGGGAGGGCCCCAAACCCCGAGUCUAUACCAUUUCCAGCGAGGGGCCCAUGCUCUCGCAGCAUCAGAGUGAGAGCAUGGAGCUGGUGGUCAUCAAAGGGACGGAAGAGGAAGAGGCAGACGGGGACCGCUCCUUAGGCCAGCCUCUCCAGAACGCCGGGAGUUCUCACAACAUCAGCCGACAAUGCAAGGGCGGUUGGCCCAGUCACCAGCAGGGCUCAAAAGAGUACCCCAGUUGUGCCCAGUUGACCAUGUCAUCCCAGCACCCUUUUGAUCUAGAACAUCACCAGCACCAGCACCAGCACCCAAACCAUCACCAGAACCAAGCUGGCGAGACUGGCUGGCGCCGGAAGAAGCUGGAACGAAUGUAUAGCAUUGACCGUGUUUCCGAUGAGGUUCCCAUCAGGACCUGGUUCCCCAAAGAGAACCUUUUCACUUUCCAAACAGCUACCACUACUAUGCAAGCAAAUUUCCGGAAACACCUCCGUAUGGUCGGGAGCCGUCGCAUGAAGGCGCAAAGGUUCUCCGAGAGAAGAAGUUUCAGCCGGUCCUGGAGCGAUCCAACUCCCAUUAAGCCUGAAAACCUCAAUGAUUCCCGAGAAAGCCAUGAAUUCCAGGAUUCCUUCUGUGCCCUUGACAAAGGGGUAGACUUGAACUGGGAGGCGGAGAAAGAGCUGGAAGCGGCUGCCUGCAGUGGGGAGGACUUCCUUCCCCCCAAAAUCAUGCUCAUUUCCUCGAAGGUGCCCAAAGCUGAGUAUGUCCCAACAAUUAUCCGCCGUGAUGACCCAUCUAUCAUCCCCAUUCUCUAUGACCAUGAACACGCCACCUUUGAUGACAUUCUGGAGGAAAUUGAAAAGAAAUUGAACAUCUAUCGGAAGGGCUGCAAGAUUUGGAAAAUGUUGAUUUUUUGCCAGGGUGGCCCAGGCCAUUUAUACCUCCUGAAGAAUAAAGUCGCCACCUUUGCAAAAGUGGAGAAGGAGGAAGACAUGAUCUAUUUCUGGAAGCGGCUGGGUCAUCUCAUGAGCAAGCUGAACCCAGGUCCAAAUGUCAUCCACAUCAUGGGAUGUUAUGUCUUGGGGAAUCACAAUGGUGAGAAGCUAUUCCAAAACUUAAAGAAUCUAAUGAGCCCUUGUCGAGUGACCUUCGAAUCUCCACUUGAACUUUCUGCUCAAGGAAAGGAAAUGAUUGAGACUUACUUUGACUUCCGUCUCUACCGACUCUGGAAGACCCGCCAGCAUUCCAAGCUGCUAGAUUACGAUGACAUUUUGUGAGAGCCGUCAGCACUGGCCAGGAGGAAUUUCACGGGAAUCCCAAGCGGGCGAGCAUCGUACAGUGGGAGAUCUUUUUCACAGCUGCAAGGAGGCCAAGGGCGGUAGCGUGGAGGAGCCAAAGGAGGCGUUAGGACGUCAACGUUCGAAGAGGUCAGCCGGCUACUUGAGGCACAAUUCGUCAAGACGGAUGGAGCACUGCGAAUUGGGGAAAGAUGGCGCAUCCUCGGGGACCGAGCCGGUUUAGGUUGCAAAGGGCCCAAUGCCAUUGCAGGUCCUUUUUAGAAGACAUUUGAAGCUCAGGUUUCCUAUAGAGACUCGAUCCAUCAUCUUGUUUAUCCCUGUUUCGCUUUCAUGCGCAGAUGUUCCUCUCUUUUGGAGGACGAGAACCUUCUUUGUUCAGUCUUGCGUGCUUGGAGAUGAAAGAUCAAAACCUUUGAUGAGUUUGAAGAAAGCCAGACCUUAAAAAAUCUCAUCCAUUUUAAUAAUGCGUGUGAACUCACACACCCCCAUACAUACACAUAUACAGAAGUGCAAUUUUUUUUUUUAAACAAACAGGGAAUAUUUAAUCAGCUGUUGCCGUAUCACACACAUCAAUAUCUGGUCAAUGAGAUAUUUUUGAGUCUGCUUGAGAAUAUAUUUGACAUAGUAAUAUAUCUUUAUAUAUCUGUCUCUUCAUAUCUAUAUUUAUAUCUAUAGAUAGCUAUAGAUAUGAUAGUUCACCUACUUUCUUUCCGCAGACCUGCAACUCUGCAAUCUUUGACUUGGUUUCCAGUAAAACUGUUGAGGGACACUUUAACUGUAGAAGUUCCCUUCAGGGCGGACCUCAUACUUCAAUUUAAGGAGCAGUAUCCUUAAUAUAGUUUGGCAAAAGCAGAGUUUUGCCACCUGUAUCUGCUGAUAGGGCUGAGGUGGACUUCAGCCAAUUUAUAUAUAUAGAUAUAUAAAUAGAUAUAAAUAGAUAUAAAUAGUUUGCAGAUUAGAAACCAAUAGCCAUGUUUAAAAGAUUAGCUCACUGCAGUUCACUUUGCGGUUCACUUUUUCUGUUGUUUGGUUUGUUUUUAAAGCAGUGGGCUGUUGCGUUGAGUCGGGGAGUGUCAACUGUAGCAGUUCGAUUUCAGAGGGCGGAGGGGGGGACAAACUUGGUUUUGUGUAGCAUCAAAGUUCAACGCCCAGGGAUCUUCCCCACCCUCUCUUUCCACCUUGUCACAGAGAAAAGUCUGUGCCAAACAGUUUCUUGGUGGACUUCAUCCUAGCAUUGUUUGUUCUGUGUGUAUAUUUGAAUAAUCCAGAUUUCAACAUGUUCCCUUUUGGAAGAAAUGGUUGAAAAUGGCUGUGAAAGAAAUGAUCUGGCUUUGUUACAUGGGGCAGAGCGAGGGGCAAGAGGAGGAAGGAAUUUGGCCUUCUCUAGAGAUAAGGUGAUUUUCCAGGGUUAAGUUUGGUGUCUUCAGGAGCUGAAGGACCCAGGAGGAAUUAAGUGGUGGCCUAUCUCCAUUUGUCUAAAGUUCUGAAGAAAAUAGAGAAAUGGAAAUAAGAAUAUGUUCUAAACAAUUUCUUUGGUUAUAUGGUAACAGCCCCAUGGAAGAAAGCUUCCAACCCUCUUCUUGACCAUUUAUUCUUUUUGGGGGGUACCAUGAUGGCUGGCGCUUAAAUUCUGGUCUUCAUCUCAUUCUCUAACAGCAGUCAAAGAGAGUUAGUUAGACAGCAGGUGAUGUGGCAAGAGAACAGGGUUGAGAUUCAACCCCCCAUCCCUUUUCCUUCCCUUUUUUUUGGCAAACAGAUCUUUCAGAUUCUGAAUUUUUCCAUUUUUAACUUGGAAAGAAGUGCGCUAGCCCUCCCCAAAUCCAGAGAACACCUGAUAACCUCCCAUUCCCAGUGGAUUUCUCAAAAUACGGAAUUGGGGCAACCGAACACUAGGAAAAGUUAACGAGACAACCCUUUAACAGGACCAACCCUGCUCCUCUGGAGAGAUGACCGAUUACUCCUUGCUCUAGACUUCUAUAAUCGGUCGGGUUUUGCUAAUGGCAAAAUCAGGAGAGUGAAGAUGUGUACAAGGUUGUGUUUUCUUGGCCUUUUUUUUUUAAAAAAGGGUUGUGUUUGGGGUUUGCUGUUGGGUGUGCCUCCAGGGGGUGCGUGUCAGACAUUUCUUCCAUGGUGCAAGACCACUGUGGCAGUUCAUCCGUGAAAAAUCAUGCACUAACCCAUUUUUAUUGAUUGGUUUUGCACGCUGAGUUUUUCUCGGUGUGGGGGAAAUAUGGGCAUACCUGCUCAGGUGUGCAGGACGAUCCACGUUUGAGCUGGGCCACGUAUUAGUGGAUUAGACUGCCAGUAUGCAUGACGGGAGUCCAGUCUGCAGAUCCAGAUCAGAAUAAACACAUGUGUCAACCUUACCUAUGUAACAAAUCAUCAUAGAAACUCACCCACAAGGUCUGUGGGCGCAGCCAUUCCUUACUGUUUGCCUCCAGUAUUCUCCCCUAAACUGCUCCUGAACGAGGAGGUUCAAUUCCAGCCACCAAGUCUAUCAACAUCUGCCCCCCACCCCGAAAUUUCGAAAUCUAUUAUUUCGUAGAGCCAUUGCAAACUCUUCUGACAAUUCUACACGUCAUCGAUUCUCCUAGAAACCUAGAAUAGGGGGGGGGGGGAAAGAAAGAAACGUUUCCACCUUAAAUCCGCAGCCUUUAGAAAGGUCUUCAUUUUUCUAACGAGGGAAAAAGCUGAUUGAUCUUCCCUGGUCCCUGUAUUCCUUGAUGAAUUGCUGCUGGUUGUGCUGGUGGAAAAUAUUUCCUUACCUUUUACACCCAAACCAUCGCCCUGGAAUUCAAAGCCAUCAACGCUUGUCUUUGGGCGAACACCUCCGCCGAGAUUAAUUUUUAUGUUCCUCUAUCCUCCCAGGAACAUAAAAAUGUUUAGAAAUAAGAAUGUCUCUGCUGGAGUCUCCUUUGCAAUCUUCUUCUGUGUCUAGGGGAUUGGGGGAGUGAGUAAUUAAGGAUGGAGACGACAUUGCAGAAAUAAAAAAAAAUCACUCGUGCCAGCGUCACACCCAUUCAAAAGCAUACACUAUUUUUUCUUCUUUUUCUCAUUGCAUGCCUGAAGGAAUAGAGUUUGGUCUAUGUUGCUUAAAAGGUGCAGAGGGAGUUUCAGGAUCUUGGGAGGAUCAGCCUGGAAACUUGGCGGUUACCUCUGGUGACAACUGGAAAGCAUUUGGGAGUGUGACUUGUGCAAAGGGUGGGACGCAGAGCUGUGAUCCCUUCGGCCCAACGUGUGCGAACAACAUGGUUGUGAAAAGAGUAAGUCGAUAGAAAGAGAUGUAGUCAUUGUUCAGGACGUUUUGUAUUCGUUGGCAGGAUACGGCUUUCCUUGAAAUAGAAAAAGAAUUCUUCUCUGGGCAGAAUGAUUCUUUAUUUCCUUAGUCUCAAGGCCAUGAGCUCUGUGGGCUGAGGACUUGAAAAGCUACCACAGAGCAGCUGAAGCCACUGUCCGUGCCCCUCUUUUUAAACAAAGACUUUGCCUCUUUUCCUCUGCCUGGUUAGUAAACCCCUUUCCAGUACGUUUUAACGGAUCGUUAAUCUUUUUUAUUCGUGCAUUGCCUGAUGGUGAAAUCUAAGGGCUUUUAGAGGAAGCAACGUGCUUUUGAGCUUUCCAUCUUGGUGAAGAAGAAGAAAAAAUGCUGCAUAUCUUCAGAAUAAAUUUUCAGUGGCUCCUAAGUGUGUGCAAGGGCGGCCGUGAAACAACGUUCUGUCCAGGGUGAAUCAGAAACCCUUCUGGAUAGUCAGAUCUUCACUUGUUUUCUCUUAUUUUCCACUGGGGAAGGCUACAAAAAUGGGCAGGGUUAUUUUUAAGGGUGUCUACUUCUAGCAGGGAUGUUUGUGUUUAAGGACACUCUUUAUCUUCCUGGUGCACAGGGGUGUCACCAACACAUUGUCCAGGGUCUGGCAACCCAGAGAGCACUCUUGAGCAUGGUUGUAUUUGGGUCUCUUCUCCCCUAACACCAACUUCUAGGUGGUAGCACCUAGCCAAAUUUGGCUGAUUUCAGAAGGUCAGCCCUUGUUACUACUUGGAUGAGAGACAACCAAGGGAAUUCCAAGGUUGUAGGCUAGGAAGUGAGGACACCUCCUUCCAGGCUGUGCCCCCAGAUCCCCUGCAAACUUGGUUGCUCUGUUGCUCUGGCAAAGCCAUUCUGUGAAAUUGGUGCAACCACCAAAGUCCUGUGGCUUUUGGCUCCUGGGGUUCACCUUCUCAUGAGCAAAUGUCAGAUGCCUCUUCUGAUCUCCAGGGAGAACUUCAGCUACUUGGUCCAGCCUCUUCCAGGGCUUAGAUGAUCAGGCUGGCUUUUAGCUUACAUAGCUGCCUUAGAAGCAACACAGUGUCCUCCAACUGAGUUUGAAAUGAAGCCAUUGUUCUCCACUUCUGCUCAUGAGAAAAGGUUCUCUAGUAAAAAGCUCCUUCAACUCAGUUAGACAACUGGCCUUUUCUGGUGCAGUAUCUCAUUAGCUCUCUAAAUCCUGGGCAAGGUCAUUGUUGAUGGCGCUGUUACUAGAGAGGCCAGGAAUUAAAAAGGCAGCCUUGACACAUAAGGACUGUGGUUCUUCCCUGCAUUAGUACCUCUACUUUGUAAAGUACAGUUGGGGCAAAAAUCAAUGCUCUGAAUCUGUGGAGCCAUCUGGAAUUACAAACGCCAUCUGGACCUUCUGGGCUUUAGCACAGGGAGAGACCCCUUGCUAAAAUCCCACCCAUUCAGACACUUGCUGUAUUAGCAAGUGUUGAGCCUUCAAACACCCUCCAAAGGGUCACUAUAUUAUAAACAAUGGAGGGUUGGAAGAGUUGAGAUGUUACACCUACACCAAAGCUUCUCAUGGUGGACAGCUGGUAUUGUGAUCUUGUCUGAGCUUACAAAUCCUAGUCUAUAGCAAUAAAACAUUGGGGAUCUAUGAGGACCAUGAUCCAUUUCUCCCUAGUCAUUUGGUCUCCACAUGCAAGUUUGUUUCGUGACAAGGGUUCAGUGUCUUGCAGUCUCAUUCUUGAGACAACCCUUUCUGAGAUAUGGACACCAUAGGGACUCAGUGCCAUUGUAAUCUGAAGUUUGGGCAGAAACAAGGUUAAAUUUGGGCCCUGUUCUGUCUUACCCUUUCAAUGAAAAGGGGAAUGGUUGAGUAGGCCUUGUCAUCUACCAUUUUAUCCAUAUGGUGAUGGAGUGAACCUAGGGCAUUUACAUAAAAUAACAUUUCCCCAGUCUACCUAGAUGUGUUUGGACUAAACUCCCAAGAUUCCCAGCCCACAUGCAGGGAAUCCGGGAUUUGCAGCUAUAAUCCACCAGGAUGGUGCCAGGUGGGGAAGGCUGAUGUGUAUAAAGUGUAUUUUGCCCACAAGAAUCCCAACGUCAACUGAAUGGCUUUAUGGUGUCCCAGUAUCUGGACAACUGAAAAGCUGGACUAACUCAGUAUGGCACAUGGAUCAGGGUGGAAUCAUGAUGAAGAACAUGGGUUCAAGGAAUAGAUUGGUAUGGAAGAUAGGCUUUUCAUAGCCAAAACAGGGUUAAUAAUGCCCUAAGAUACAUCUAGAGGAAAUACAUUGUGGUGUAAUGAACAGUGUGGUGCGUAUUCACCGGAGAACCCCAGGUUUGAAUCCUCACACAGCCAUGGAAAUCAUGGGGUGACCUUAGGUCAGUCGCCCUCUCUCAGCCUACCUACCUCACAGGGUUGUUGUGAGGAUAAAUGGGUGUAGAGUAGGAAAAGAGUUUUGGGUGCUGUUCUUUGCCUUUGGGAUUAAGGAUAUAACUAAACUGUAAUUUUAUUUGGAAAAUAAAAACUGUACAGAAGAAACGAAAACUACUUUCUCGUAUCCAGAAUGGCCAGUUUUGAGAAGAUUUUGGAACAACAUGGACUGAGGCCUUGGAUACCACACCUGGCGUGUUCUGAAGCUCCCAAUGAUACCUGUGGUGAAAAUCUUGCAUCAGAAAAGAUAUACAUGCAUAGGAACCAACUCUGCAUGCUAUGGAAAAUCUGCCUGCUUGAAACAGCCAUUUCUGCUUCUGAAGAGACAAGCCAUUCUUUAAAACUUGAGAGGUGGCUUGUCUCUUCUGCGGUACAAGCCCAGCCAUACGUGUGGUUUUUCUUCUUCUUCUUCUUUAAGAGUGGCCACUGAUCUUGGACAUGGUGGGAAGUCUGUGAACUGAAGAAAUGUUUUGCUGAAUAACACCAAGGGGACUGGCUCUUUUGAGGACCUGCAUGUAGCAUUUAGUGACUUCUGGUAGGUCUUGGUUAGGGAGCUCUCAACGUGUCAAGCCUUGGUAGGAUCCAGCACGAUAGUUCUUAAUUUUGCUAAACCUUCUUCCUUUAGUGUCCUUAAUGAAGAGUGACUCUGUUGGUUCAUGGCCAGGCAAAUGUUUUUGGGCCUGCCCGUUCAAGCUAGAUUGCUUCUCUCCUAAGGUGGUUUCCUAAAACAAAAUGGAAGUUUCUAGCUUUUAAGGUGUGAUUUAAUAAAAAGAAACCUUGACAAUGAU